UAAGGGAAGAGAUCGAUCGGUUUGGUGGAGCAGCACAUAGGAAUUGAUUUUCGAACGAGCAAAGCGAGAGAUAGGCGACGGAGUACAGAACUGCCCAGCAAGCGUUGCUUUCGAGCCCUUUUUCUGCGUGCGUUGUGUUGUGCUCGAGCAUUCAACUUCUGGUGUAUCAUCGGGAACGGCCAAAUACUUGAGAGCCGGCUACGCGCUCGCUGCUGAUAUUACCACCACUUCAGUUUCAUUUGGGUUUGGCUUGAAUCAUCAUCGCUGCGUUUGCUCCCGAUACGCAGGACGUCACAUUUCCUCCGAGAGCCUCCUCCGGCAAACGGUUCCCCAUUCCGGUAACACGUUCCCGUAGAAACGAGGCAAACUGACCGAAAAAACAGCCAGAAACAUGCUGCUCACCUUCCAGGACCGUUUGCGCAUUCCAUGGCGUGGUGGCGCAAAGCAAAUUACGCUCGACGGUGUGGUCACGCUGGUGAUACUGAUCGCGACAAUGUUGUUGACAGCGUUUAGCAAAGAGUUCUGCCUGGUCCUUCUUUUCUUACUUCCGUUUGUACUGAUGUACAUUAAGCGGUUUAGCGGACGGAUUCAAUCCAAGACAAAAUUCUUCAUUGUAUGGUUUUUCGGAAGCUGUGUGUAUCUGCUCGCUUUGUUCGAGCUGACGGUUCCGUUGCUGGAAAUAUUGCCCCAGGAAAACAUUGGCCUGGUCGUGCUGAUGACGUUGGGCUUUUUCUGUCUGUUCAAGGCAAAGCAACGGGCCGCCAUUGGUGAUUUGGCCGGUCUGCCGGACGUGAAUUCACAGCUGGAAAAUUGUAAAAUUCCGAAAGACACACAGGUCGUUAUGUUUUCCGAUCGUGAUGAUUCGGAUGAUGGUUCGACGGAUACGGAAGGUGGCCGGCUGGCAUGCCAGCUGUGCCGUAAGUACGUGCCACCUAGGACGUAUCACUGCAAGAUUUGUUCGGUCUGCAUGGUACGGCAAGACCAUCACAAUGUGUGGCUGAACUGUUGCAUCGGCAAGUCGAACCAUCGACUGUAUCUGGCGGGAUGCAUCUUUACACUGUUGGCGUUACUAGUGUUUGCCAACCUCUCCAUGACGGCCGUCUGUCGCCCGACUCCGAUUUUUACGGUGUACGGAAUAAUUGUGAUGAUGCCGAACGACUGUAACGACAUAUUUUUCCAAUAUGACAUUGCCCUCUGCUUCACAGGAUCGUUGUACGCGCUAAUGAUGGCUUUUGCUAUAAGCGUCGCCAUACUGAAACAGGUCUGCUUCAUUUCCUUUGGCACCUCUUUCGACGAGUGGCGCCGUGGAGAUCAUGUAAAACGACGGAAUUGCUUUUGGAAUUGGAAAGCUUUUUGCCUUGGCCAGUAAAUGGAAAAUCCUUCCCUACCUUUUGUAUUUAUCGCACACUGUCCUACGUAGAGAGUGUACCGUAUAUUAUUUUCUCUUUACAACACUGUAUUUAGUUUACAUUGAAGCUGAAGUAUCGUCGCUGGGGGAUCGAACUUUUCCUACUUACAGAUGCCGAAUAGUAGCACGAAGGGGAAUAAUCUCCCGGUUUAGUUCCACUUAGCCAGCUAACCGUACGUUUUGUCUCACACGUAAUAGUGUAAUAGCUGAUAUAUUAUGAUAUUGUUUACAUAAUCUCCAAUACACACAUUUGGGAUAUUAUUCCUUACUAAUACUAACCCCCUCAAAACAAGCGAAUAAGAACCAGAGUGUUGCAGUAGGGUAGUGUUGUGCGUCUUUCGUUUUGUUGUAGGCAUCAUUCGGAAUUUCGGAACAACUACCAAACACCAUGAGGCGGCGAAGGUAAAGCUUCCCGUGUACAUUUUUCUAGCUCUUGUUGCCUGGUUCCAACUUAAAUUAGCUGUAGGACCCUAUCCGCAGAAGAAAGGGGCGUGAUUUACUAACAUGAAAUGUUAAAAAAGAUAAGUAGGAUAAGAAUUGCACAAUAAAAUUUUAAUCUCAUAUAUUCAUGUUGGGACGAUGUGA